AUGCAACUACUCCCCGGAAUCCUGCUGCCUGGUCACGUCCUGACAUACAAAUGGAUCCGGAUUUGCAUCUCACGCCAAUCAAGAUACGAGGGAAGAAACGCAAGCACACACCAAUACCCAUCGCCUUAAUUUCUCCCUCAUCAUCAAUACCAUCAAUAGCAGAAGCAAGUUCAGCAAACUACCGCCGCGCAAAGCAACCCAAGAAACUUCGAAAACAAACCGUUGCAGCUAUGCCCACACUCCUCGGUCUCCCCCAGGAACUUCUCGAAAUCAUCUUCCUGCACUCCAUGAACAUCUCGCUCCCGCGCGCCUCACCACUCCUCGGCCGCAAACUCAGCUCCCGUGCAGUGACCUUGGAAUACACCAUGCGCGCCUUCUUUCACACCGUCGACCACACGACGAACUACCGGGACCGCAAAAAGAACGGUGAUCGAGUUUUGCAGAGCAACCUACUUUCCUGUCGCUUCUUCACGUGGGACUUCUUUCUGAAGUAUGUGGAUAGGAGUCAUGAUGCUAUGAUCGCGUUACGAGGGAAGGCGUGGGAGAGGACCGGUGUGGGGGUCCCUGGAAUAAGACUGUUUGACGGGCUGUGGCCGUUUAGGUUUACUACGGUUCCGUAUCUCGCCUUUGCAGAGGGGUUUCAUGUUCCCGAGAAAUUGCUGCAUGGGCCGUGGGACGAGGGGAAAGUGAAUUUGCUGUAUGUGCUGGUCAGUCUGAAUGGGGAGGUUGAUUGGGAGGGUAGUAUGGCGGGCGAGACGGCAAAGCAGGGGAUCAGGGAGGCGGUGGCAGAGGGGAAUGAGAGGGCUGUUGCGGCGCUGUCAACGUUGUUGGGGGUGCCGAAGCAGAUUGAUACAGGGCUGUUGAGGUAUGCGGUGUUGGAGUGUGGGUGCGAUAUCAACAUGUUGAGACACCUGCUAUUCAACGCGCAGAUUCUGGCACAAAACGUAUCCAAAGAUGUGCUGGAUUUCCUGGACACAAGGUUGUGGGCAUGGGCAGACGUGAAUGGAGAAAGGGGAGAUGUGCUGAAGCACAUGCUGAAGAAGGCUGAAGCAUUCGACCUGGAGUUCUAUUUCGAAAAGGACUCGGAAUGGACCAAGAUUGUGCCGUUCCCGUACAGUGGGAGUAAGUUCGACACAAGGACGACGUUUGAUGUUGUGGUCAGGGAGCUGCUGAUGAACUUGUACUGGAGCUAUGGGCGCAAGAUCACAAGGCGAAGGAUACGGCAACUGGAGGGUAGCGAGCAAGCCUUAUAGUGAUCAGGACUGUGAGUUACAAAGAUUGCCUAGAACUGAAUCAUGAUCUGUAUUACCU